AUGGCAUCGAACGUCAAUCGCGACGCUGAGGGCCUUCAGGCUGUCGAGCAGAACAACUACCCUGAGGUUGUCCCUGGCCAACAACAAUUGCGAAACCCGCUCGAACGACAGUCCUCGCUCAGCCGACCUGAGGCAUACUCUCCACCGCAACCUCAGGGCAAUGAGAAACCGAACGGCUAUGGACACGAUGGAUAUGGAUCAUACACUGCGGUAUCACAAGGCCAUUCGGACCAUCAAAGUCUGGCGCCACCACAAUACGGUCAGGAUUACCCUUCGAAACAGCUAGAGUCACAGGAGAAGCCUGCCGAGCGAAGAAUAUUGGGCAUGAGGAAGAAGGUUUUUAUCUGGGUCGCAGCUAUCGUAGCGAUCAUUGUUGUACUUGCGGUCGUUCUUGGAGCUGUGCUAGGAACCGUCUUGCCCGACGACGACAAAUCAUCGAAUAAUCCCCAGAACAGUGGAAGCGGCAGUGCAAACAACAGCAGCAGCAGCAAUGCAACUAAUUCAGCUUUCCUCGCGAAAGACAAGACUGGCAUGGCGAUGCUCAGUCCUGCUGGGCAGUCCUCUCAGUUUGCAUACUACGUUGACGACUCGGGCGCAAUCAUCGAAGUCGAGUAUCCUAAUGGGAAUUGGAACCAGAAUCAGGAUGCACCACCUAAGACCACGAACAUCACAUCAAUAGGAAGCGGAUCGGACACCCCAAUCGCCGCCAUUGCGUACACCCUACAAGGAGACACACACUACCGCCAAAUUUUCUACUUUGACAACAAUGGCGUCGUGUCGACAGCGAACACUACUGGCAACGGCAACUGGUCGACUCCUUAUCAACCUGUGACCGACCAGUCAUCACUGCCAAGCACAAUGUCCCUCGCAGCCUGCGCAGACACCACCAGCAACGCCCUAAACGGUAUCCGUGUAUACUUCGGCUCAUCCAACAACCUCAUCCAAGAAAUUGGAAUGGACUUUUCCGAGUCGUCUGGAGAUCCCAUCUGGCACGUCUGGGCAAAUUUCCCGGGAUCUGAUGCCAGUGCCGGAGUCGGCUGUGCUAUCAUCAACAACCAUAACCACAUGUACCUGCGUAACUCGUCGACAAGCCGCCUGCAGCAAUGGACAUGGGACUAUAUCAACGUGAGCACCUGGAUGAUCGGGGCAAAUUCAUCAGCGGACAACGGCGUGGCUGAGGGCGGCUCGAUCGCAGUGACGAGCGAUGGGCAGAACACCGACUACAUCUUUUAUCAGGACACCGCGAAGCAGACCGCGCUGGCAGAAUACUCAGGCUCUGGAGCUGCCAUCGCUGAUCCGAUGACGACCGUCGAAUCGAUCAGUGCCGCGCCGCUUGGCUACAGCCUUGCAGCGACUUGGGCAAACGGAGCCGUCGUAAUGAACCAGAAUAGCACAACGCCUGGCGACCUUCUUUUCUCGUCGGUUAGUCGAAACGGUGACGCACAGAGCUACACGACACAGACCGGGGGCAGUUCAUGA